AGCACGUCUACUUUCGCUCUGCGUAUGUGGUUAACAAACUACCCACAAAGUCCGUGCAUACCAAACUGGGCAGAAGUGUUGAACUGCUGGCUGCGUCUCAAGCCGCUCUGAGUCCACUGUGGUCCACAGGAAUCAGUGUGAAUAAGAUGAGGCUAGAGUGAUACCAAGCCCAUGACAGCACAGCCUUCGCUGUGAAUGAGAGAUUAAGAUGUUUGGUGCCGCUCUGCCACCAUGUCUGCAGCUCUGUGUGUCCCUAGUGGUGGUGUCCAGAAUACAAGGUGAGGUCACCACCCUUACACAUGUCCAGGCCUUGGUGGACAACCCAUUCACAAUAGACUGCAAUGUGACCGUGGGCCCGGGGGAGACACUGAAGCAGGUCCGGUGGGUGGACUGGCAGAACCAGACCCUCUUGACAUAUUUGGCCGAUCAGCCGGCAAGCAUCAUUGACCCCCGCGUAGAACUGGUGCGCUCCCUCCAUGACCACAGCGCCAUCGCCAUCAAGCGGGUGCAGCUGCGGGAUGAGGGCUGCUACAGGUGUAUGUUCGAUGUGUACCCCACUGGGCAGCAGGAGCGCCAGGUCUGCCUGUCCGUCACUGCAACGGUGACUCUGGAGGGGAACAAGACGGCGGUGAGUGGAAAGGCAGCCACCCUGUCCUGCAGGUAUGGCCUGCCUCAGAGGGUCCACCAGGUGCUGUGGAGGAAGACGGCAGAGCAAGGUGACACCAGUGACGUGGCUUCUUUCUCCAAGCGGACACAGCCCGUGGUCCACGAGCCCUUCCGGGACCACAUGACACUGAGCCACACCCUGGGCGAGACACGCCUGUCCAUCAAACCCGUGACAACUGAGGAUGAGGGCUGCUAUACCUGCGAGUUCCACUCCUACCCAGAGGGCAGCAGGAGCGCGGUGGCCUGCCUCACAGUCUAUGUUCUGCCCAAACCUGAGGUGACCUACAAGACCACGUCGCUGGGGGUGAUUGAGGCCAACUGCACCGCACUGGCCCGGCCGGCGGCUGAGAUCAUCUGGAAUGUGGAGGGAGACAACCGAACACUAGGCCCGCCUGUGUCCUCUUCCUUCCAGCAGGGGGAUGGGACCACACUGGUCGUCAGCACCCUGUCCAUUCAGGCCGAUCUGAUCGAGGACACGUCCGUCAAGUGCCUAGUCUACCACCGCGGACUGGAUUCCCCCAUGUCUGUGUCUAUGAACACCAAGAUUGGAAAAGCCCUCAUCAUUCUCAUCUCUGUGACGACCAUAGCAGCCAUCCUCAUCCUCUGCAUGUGUAUUUGCCUGUGGAGGUGUUUCCUCCGCAGGGAUGAUUGCUGCUAAAAAGUGAAGUUUGGCCUCACCCUGCUCUGAUGGGGAUGGAAUCAGAAGAAGGAGAGCAACACCAGAAAAAUGCCAUGGUUGGGCUUUAAGAAGAGGACAAAUACAAAUCCGUACUCCAUUUUCACUGUUUAACAUCAUAAAGAAUGAAAAUAUAUAGUUUGAAACCCACAAUAUGACAAUUUGUGUACAUGGUAAUGCGGCUUGGUUAACAUUUACAGUGCUGGUGUUAAAAUCAAAAGCUCAAGAUUCUAGAAUGUUGAACUCCAUUCCUCUGCUGUAGAAGUCAAAUUUGUUCAGUAUUUAGAUUAGUAUUUAGAGGGAUGAAGCCAGCUGGAAUCAGUGAAAGAAAUGCAUCUCCAUAUUGUGACAGGGACAUGUUGUGACCAUUCUGGGCUCUCUGCCGAGCUGAGGCCCCCAUCCACCCAAAAGAAUUGUACAGUAGGAGCCAAGUAGCCAAGUAGCAUUUAUCAUAUCUUAUGUUGCCUGUGUUAUUUACAGAGGUGCCGUUGGAAAGCUUUGCAGUAGUUAUCCGUCUUGUUUCGGUGUUCUGGUGAAAUGGCGGAUUUGAGUUGGGAUGACAUUUUCCCUGCCUGAGAAUUUCUCCUUAUGACAUAACCAUUUGGAAAAGUCACAGAGUACACAACUGUUCAAAGUGAGAUGUAGUUGCUAUUACUAAUGUUACUGUGUCUUAACACUGCAUUUGGCAAAGAGGAUGAUGUCAAGUGGUCAUAAUACUGCAGCUAAUGUUGUAUUUUAUACAGCAGUCAUGGUGGUUGGGGGAGUGGCUUGUUUCCUGUGGAAGAUUGCAUUUCUAGAUUGCUCUGAGGAUAUUUGUGGUCUUGUAUCAACCAUAUGACAGGGGUUUAAAGUUGGAAAAGGUAUGACCUUCAGAGCCCUGCCCCCUAUCCCCACAGCCUGAGCUGCAGAUUGCGAGGUCAAAUUGUAGGGUCAGGCUCUCUGGUCAUGCUGGGCUGGUGCCUUGUCCUUAAUGUAUUAGAGCAGUGCUCUCUGCUGCAUGACCGUGACAGCGGCCCCAGUGUCUGGGAAACCUAGCGAUGGUGCAUCAGUGUCUGGAGCAUGCUCCUGCAUGUGACAACCAUUGGGGGGCAGUCUGGCCCUCGCAGUCAAAGUCUGCUGCACAGGCUGGUGCUGGAUUGUUUUGGAUCCUGUUGCUAACACCUGAUGCAUGGAUAGACCUGUCCUUAACUCAGUAUCCAGUCUAAAUCUAAAGCUGAACAAUUCACUGUGUUUUAGUAAAAAUGGACAGUAACUCAGUGAUGGAUAUCUUGUUCAUCUUUUCAUCUCAUCCUUUUUUGCCACUAAAAUAAUGGAUAUUGUGUUAAUGAAUGCCAGAAAACCUUACAUGUAUUUUAGAUCAAAGCACACUUUUUGCAGGGUUUGAAUUAUGCUGAGAGCCGGGAUGGCCCAGCCCCCUUAGUUCUGGCCAGGGCAUCCCUAGUUCCAUUUGAAAUCAAAGUUUUAGGGGCCAUUUAAUUCUUUCCUCGUAUUCAUUAAUUCUAAAACUGGUGUGAUAAAUUGCUGUCUCAUUGGGGGUAAUUUUCAGCCACACUGCAAGGGGCACUGUUUCUGCUCAGCAGCUACUCUCUGGUGGUAGCAGGAUCACGCUUGCACAUACGUUUACUGUUGUUUGUUCCCACAAGCUACUAGCUAGCAGUUGAAAACAAAUCCAGUGACAAGCUGACGUGAAUCACCUUCCCCAAUACCAAGUUUUAGAUGCUAAAUUAUUAAUAACAGAGAGAGGAAGUAAAAAAAAUGUCAAAACAAAAGAAAAUUGACUUAACCAUGUUUGGUUUUACCAAACGUGUAAAGCACAACAAAGAAAUAUAUUAAUAGUUUGCUGGCUGUUCCGCCAGUUUCAGUCAUGCUAGCUAAUUGGCUGCUAACCUGCAUCUCCCUUUCUGCUUCGACUUCAACUUCUUCGUUGUGCUUGACACGUUUGGUAACUCUGCAAUUUGCUUUUGUUUUGAAAUUUUUUUUACUUCCUCUCUCUGUUAUGAAGGCCUCUUAAGAAACUGUCGUGUCUACACAAGGCAUGUGAAUUUUGUGAUAAUUGAUGCUACGAUGUAUUUUUGUGUGGCAGUGGCGACGGUCAGUGAAUGUGAAUGUCAUAAAGUAUAUUAUUUCUGUACUUAAUAAUUUUGAUGCGCAGCACUAAUAGUGAAAAUGAAUGAAAUGAAGUAAGAGGUGUGCACACCUUGACGUUUCAGGCAGAUCCUUUCUUCAGUCUGCUUUUUUGGUAGUCAUGUCAACACAUUGUUUCCUUUAUGUUCAGCACUAAUAGUGAUAGUAAUCUUUCUAUGCAUUUCAGUGGAUUUUCUUAUUGUUAGUGGUUAUGGUGUGUGGCAUUUUUGGUCAGAUAGAUGUGGUUGACAGUGAGAUGUUUAUGGCCUAUUGCUGUAGGUAAUUGUUGCCUCACGUACAGUAUUUGCUCUGAUGCGAUUCAUUUCCGUAUCAUCUCUCCAUUUAUGCAUCCAGGUGAAUUUAGUAAUAAUUCAUGAUACCUGUGUGUUAUUAUGGUGUGUGGCAGAGGUUGAGACAGCUGUCAUCCAGUAUUAACAAUGUUUUCAUGAGGGUGGUUUUGUAAUAAAUGUGUAUGGUGCUGCUUUAUAAAGAUGGGAAAGAAUGAGUAUGAAACAUUAAGCGUGCCCUUCACAGUUUAUGUAUUUUAUUAUAUAUGACAAGACAAGCGAAAGUUUUACCUUGUAAAAAUGUUUUGGCUCCACUUGAGAAACUGUUAGUCUUACUUGGCAGCAGUGCCAUGUACGGGUCAGGGAACUGAUAUUAUAACUAGAAUGUUUCAAGUUUAAAUCGCAAAUGGGACACUGCUUUUAUACC